UUAUAUGCGUCAGUGAAAUUAAAGACCUCACGCGUUUCGCAACACAUAGACCUAAUUUAUUUAAAAAUACAAUGAGCAAAUGAACAAAAUGAAUAAUAAACUAGUUCUAUUUUUACUAAUUAUUUGUGAAGUAAAUUUGUGCAAUUGUUUAUCGAAUUGUACUGUCUCAGUAAUAUCGAAUUCUACAACUUUUAAUAACAAAACAAUUUUCUUAUCCGACGAUGACUUACAUAACGACACUGAAUGUGAUAACAUUGCAGUGAAAGAUGAAGAAAACCUUACUUCAAACUGGACCUGGACGGGAACUUACGAAGGAUACAAAAAGCCCGAAGGCACCGGGAGGAAACUCCAGUUUCCAGUAUGUCCCGAUGGAGAAGCUGUUGUCGCAGAAAGCCUUCAGGAGAUCCAGUCACCAUUCAGUUUCUUCUCCACGUUGAUGGGAUCUUUACAACCUGCUCGAUUCCCCUUAGGAAUGCUGAAGGAUGUGGCGGAGCGACGCGUGCCAUUCAAUCUCCUUUUACUACAGAUUUUUAAAUUAGAGGGUUUAGUGUGCAUAUGGAUUAUACUUUGGACUGUUGCGGCUUUAUGUAUUUCGUGCAGCGUUGCGAGCCAAAUCUGUUGCCCGAGGAGAGAUCUCCAGAGACGUCAGGACCAUUCAUCCUUAAGUCCUUCAGCCGAAUCCAACAAACGGACUCUCUCAUGCUACCUGUACAUCUUACUCGUCCUCCUAAUAGGCAACAUUGUACUUAUGCUUACAACCAACGAGAUUAUUUCUAAAUCCAUAAUGGAUUCGCCGAACCGAGCGAAGACAAUUAUCGAGGAUCUGCAGAAGUACGUUAAGAAUACGGACAUGCAAAUCUCAUUUGUGACUACAACUGCCGCGGAAUUCACCACGCAGGCCAUUGAUGAAGAUUUAGAAGAUACCAAAGAACUUAUUGGUAUUCCGUUUCAAAAGAAUCUGGCUGACGCGUUUGGCUUACUAAAUAUCUUCGAAACCUUGAGAAACAUUAGGACAGAAAGUGAUAACAUUUCGAAACGCGUUAAAUACAUUAUGCAAGAGUGCCAAUUGGCCAGGGAGGCUUCGAAAUUAUUACAAGAAAAGUUGGAUAAAUUGGUGCCGCUAUUGGGUGCAAUGCAUGACUACUGUUCUCAAAGAGAUCGGACUUUGUGUGAAACUUUGAUGUCUGAUGGCUUGGUUGUCAGUUAUAAUACAAAUGAGGUAUCUUCAGAUGUAAAAUUAAAAUACCUUGCGGGCGUUUCGACGAACUUUGAGCUGAACAAGAACCUGCAGGAAGCGGAAAUGAACUAUAAGGCAGUUCCCGGAAGGGUGGCCGAAGACACGGCUCCUCAAACGGAGGAAAUUCGUAAACUUCUUCGCAGACAUAGAAUAAAAAUCUAUAAAGCUCUAAGGAUGCUGGGAGACUUAUCUAGUUCCAUGAUAUCGAGCAUAAAAACCACAAGCAGGAAAAUUGUCCCAACGCUCGAAGAACUUGCCUCUGGGGACGUGUGGCGAUAUCUGGUGGUGCUUGGUAUUGCAAUUUUCACAUUCAUCACAUGGAUAUUUCUCAUAUGCGGAGCACCUUCAGGAUGCGAAAGUCCCCAUAAAACAAUAAUUCCAUAUUUAAUUCUAGGAUUAUCUCUUGCUUCAUUCGUAUCCCUCCUGCUUCUCGUCAUUGCAGCCGCCUCCUUUCUGCUCGCUGUCCACGGCACAAAUUUCAUAUGCAACCCACUAUACGAUCCCAAUUACUUAACUCUCUCGGAAAUACUCGACGACGAAGGUUUAUUAUAUCGCGAUGGAGGAUAUUUAAAAAAAAUCUUAAGUACGAACGAAUCUCUGCUUACAAUGGAUAUAUUGAGAAAAAUAGAGAGAAAUGCAGGUGCGUAUUCCACCUUUAAAUUAGGAAAUAAAAUAAACCUCUUCGAACUGAUAGACUUUGACAAAUGGUCGGAUUUGAAUACUACCAUAAAUAGGUUUAGGAUUACGCAAAGAACUGCAAAUAUUUUCACAUUCGGACAAGAAUCAAAUUUGAAAGAUUUAGUCGCCGCGACCAGAGUGAACCUCACUAAUUACAGGUCAAAGAUAUUAUCGCCUGUCACAGUUAAGGACCUGAACGGUUUAAUGGAUCAAGCUUAUGCCGUGGCAAAGCAAAUUGUUGAUACUCGAACCGCAAACCGCUUGGAGAAGUUCAUUUUGAAGCUGAGGGACGUCCUGAAUAACGAGUACAAGAUAAUGAGCCAAUUCAAGGAGAACAUUCUGUAUGAUGUGACCGCAUUGGAGGUUGUCUUGGUUCCAUUGCGCGAGAAAACGGAGCUCGUUUUAGGGAAGCUCAGGCAGUUCGCCGGUGCGGUUAAUGUAGACGGGAAUAGAAUUGCCGAAAAGGUACGUGCUAAUUGGGCCGAAUUAAAUGAGCAUCCCUCGAGGAUACAAAAAUUAAAGCAAAACUCUCAUCAACGCCGCCGUCCCUCCACGCAAUUAAAUCAUUUCGCGUUUUCAAAAUUGGAAUUUUACAAUUCGCAGGUCAUUUACAACUACUCGAACCAUUUGAUCGACUAUUUGGACCAGUUCAGAUCUCAUGUGCAUUUCGAAAUUGAAAGGAAAGUGGCGAGAACUAAACCGCUUUGGGCCAUCUUCGUCUCGACACGGAACUGCCUCUGCCCCGAACUGAUUGACCCGUUGAAUGCUCUCUCGUUCUCAUGCUUCUGCUGUAUUUUUUCCAUGAUUUGCAUGGUCCCAAUUGCGAGACGGUUGAUUCAUCACUACAAGAUCAGCAGCGAUAGUCUCAAAUCUAUAAUUGCCAGUUCGAAUGCCAGUCCGAGGGAACAAAUUUGGGAUGAUGUACAACCCACAAUUUCUAGCAUUCCUUCUCAUCAUAGCACGCCCCGAUCGGUCGACCAAAUCGCCGAAGAAAGUUCACCAUGGGCGAGUCCCAGGGACUCAACGAUUGGUUUAAUACCUUCUCCACCCAGGCCUUCUUUCAAUGGUCAACAUCCUUCGCCAAGCAGACCGAGUGUAGCCACGAUCGCAGCGAUUUCUAGGUCGCGGCCACGAAACAACCGUUACGAUUCACUGCGAUCUAUAGAAAGGACCACUUGGAGAAGCCCCGGAUCUCCAAAAAGAUGGAUUUAAGGAUGGAUGAUACGCCAACAAUAUAAGAUGCUGAAUUUAAAUUUACUUUGUUUCAUUAGAUUAAAUCUAUAAUAAAUAGGAAUGUAGUUGAUGCGUACUCAUUUAUUUAAUAUGUAAAUAUUAUUGUUCUAUCCUUAUCUCUUAGAUAAGCAUUAUUUAUUGCAAUGCUU